CUCUUCUCUACUUCUCUGAUCCUCUCAACUCCGCAACAAUAUCUGCAUCUUUCUACUUUGUAUAAAGACUGAAAAAACGAGCACGGAAAUGGCGAUACACGCGGCGGGUGAAAAAUACCGAGUCCGCGACCGCCUCGACCGGCGCAGAACCCGAAAAUUGCAAAUCAGCGCGGGAUUUUUCAUUCUUGCCUUCUCCUUCUUCAUCGCGCAGCAUCGCGACUCGACCUCGACGGCGUGGAUUGACGGCCUUUCAUGACUGAAUGACCGCCACCGACACUCCCUGCCAUCAAUCACCGACCUCCGCUUCCUCCACGACUCAAUAAUCCCCUGCCUCCCGUCCUCCCCCCCUCUCCCCUCCCUCAGAUCAACGAUCAACAGCCCAGCGGGAUCAGAUCAGUCCAGACCAGACCAGACCAGAUCCCAUCACACCACAUCAAUGUACACCUGGUCUGCACCCUCCAACCACGCCGGCAACGCCGCCGCACCAGGCCCAGCAGGAGGCACAGGACCCACGGGGCCGCCCGGUCCAGCAUCGGGAGUCGGAUUAGGAGGCGGCGCAGGAGCCACGACCGCGGGAGGAGCAGCGACAGGCCCAGGAGGACCAGUGCCAGUGCCGGGGGGAGGAAACCCACGCCUCGAGCCCCCGGGGUCCGCCGCGCAGUCCGCGUCGUCGUCGUCGUUCCAAAUGCCGCACCUGCGCUGGCCGCCGUCCAUGAUGUCCCGGUCGUCUGCGGCGGCGACGACGACAGCGCCGCAUACGGGGCACGCACACGGACACGCAGGGCAGCAUACGACGCUGCCGAACCUGGCGGCGAAUCUGCGAAUGGGCACGCCGAACUCGACGGCGCAGCAUCUCCCGCAUCAGAGUCCUGUUCACCAUUCGCAUGCCCAGAUCCAGAUCCCGACUCCGGGCCAUCAUCCGCAUCCGCAUGCGCAUACGAAUACGCACCCGCAUUCUCAUUCGCAUCCACACUCGCAUCAGCAUUCACAUUCGCAGGCGCAGGCACAGCCCUAUGCGCCGGGCCGUCAUGCCGAUGUCUCGGUGGUGGUUGAUGCACGACAGGGUCAGACGCCACAGCAUCAUCAGCAUCGUCAUCAACAGCAGCACCCGCACCAGCAGCAACACCAGACGCAGGCGGAGUCGAUGGAGAGCUCGGACAGCGAGCAGUCGGAUGGCGGACACAGAGAGGGUCGCGGAGGUAGUGGGGGAGAUGGGUCAGGGGACCCGGACUUUACGCCGUCGCCGGGCGAGAACAUCCCGUCUCGUCGGGAGGGAGGCAGGGGACGACGAGAUAAUGGACGCGGCGGGGGUCGACGUGAAGCUGACGGCAUGUCGGCGGCGAACCCAGUCCUCAUCGACAACUCGGUGGGGGAUGAGAUCGCGAGCGGCGGCGGCGGUGGCAGCGGCGCAGGGAACGACGCGUCGCGCAAGCACGGCAAGCGGUUGACGACGAAGGAGGAGGUGUCGCUGUUCGACAUCUGCAACCGGCACGCGGAGGAGUUUGGGCAGCGCAGCAACCUCUGCAACUGGUGGCGGACGGUGACGGCGGAGUUCACGCACGAGCAAGGCCACCCGUACUCGUGGCACUCGGUGCGCCGCAAGGUUGAGCUGGUGACGAAGCAGCGCAUGAAGUUUCUACAUGACCAGCGCGAGAAGGGCGGCACCGAGGCCGACGACAUGUCGAAUCCGCGAUGGCGCGCCUCGGUGGACGCCUGGAUCCCGACGUGGCAGCGCUGGGAGGACGCCGAGGCUCGACGCAUCGAGAAGCGCGACUCGCGACGGCCUCGCAAGCGGAAGGACCGGUCCUGGGAACCGUCUGCGGGGGGUUGGGAGGCACCGAACUCAUCGGACGGAGGCUGGCGCGCGGCGUCGAGCCCCGUCGUCGACAACAAUCGCGCGUUCGUGCACAACACCAACAACCAGUCCACGUCCACGCCGUCGCAGGUCCGCCUCCCCCCGGGCUUCGACAACAUGUUCACCACACCCACAGCAACCUGGUCGCCCAUGACCGGAGCACCAGCAGCCAGCCCUGCCCAAAGGGCAGCAGCACCCUCGUCGUCCGGCGCCGCAGACAACAGCAUGAUGUCAGCGAUGCUAGAGACCCUCGGCAAGCUCAACAAGCACCUGGACACCGUCAACCCCGAGCAGCAAAACGCAUCACCUCUGGCCUCGUCUCUCGCCGGGCCCCCCAACCAACCGAACGCAACCCCCCGACGCGCCUCCCAGCAGGACGCCGACGGCGAGGACUCCGACCCCCCGACCCUCUCCGCAACAGCCAUGGGCAAACUCAAGGACGAGCUGCGGCGGGAACUAAGGCAGGAGAUCCGGAGUGAGCUGGAGAAGGACCGGGCUGCGUUCGAGGACCGGUUGGAUUCGGUGCAGAGGACGCAGGAGAUGAUUCUGGAGAUGCUGCGACAGGAACCGGCCUAGCCUAGCCUAGCUUUGUCUGUCUGCCAUCUUCGCCUUUCGCGCCGUUUUCUUUUUUAUUUGCAAGUGUGUUUUUUCAUUGCUGACGUUGCUCGUAAUUUGUUGAUCUGAUACCCAAUAACAAUGUCAUGUUUCGUGUGCCGCUUCUAUCGAUAUCAAUAUCAAUAUCUAUACCUUUACCU